AUGGCAGAUGAUGGGCUGCGCGCACUGCGCAGUGGGAGAGAGGAGAAACUAUCCAGGCGCGAAGAGGGACGCAAUGUUAUCGUGCCCUGGCAAAGCCGCAAGCCGCAAGUCUGGGGGAAUGGAACAUGGGAUGGAAAUGAGAUAUCGGCGCUUGGUUGUCAGGAUUGGCCGGCCACCGAGUCAAGCACCGCGCACACGAGGCAAGGAAGACGAGAUGCAUUUCAUGCCCAGCAGCAGCAGCAGCAGCAGCAGCAGCAGAGCAUCAGCGGUAUGGCAAGGUAUCCGUACUAA